AUUGCUUAUAAUAUGUUUGUUGUGAACACAUUUGGAGACAUUAAUGCAUUCAAUAGUACUUUAUAUGUAUUAAUAGUCUAUAUGUUUGUCAUCAUUGCUAUGAAAAGUGACCUCAAUUUGUAUCCAUUGUUUAGCCAUCAAUGAUAUCAUCACUACUAUUGACAGAUCCACUGAAGCCAUCACUUUGUGUCUCUCAUCACAUCAUUAAUCCCUUUAUCAUCCAUUCAUCCCAUUCUUCAUCCAAAACAUCCACUUAUUGUCAUUCAAUCAUUUGUGUCAUAAUUAGUGAUUCAUUUAUUUCAACCAUUUUUCCAAAAGUCUUACAUUUUAUCACCGAUUUGUUCACAAUUUGAAAUCAAACCUCAAGUGAUUGUCCUCAUUGUCAAUAUCACCAAAAUUUGCGACUAAUUGUUGCUAUUUUUGUUGACAAUUAAGUGUUAUUUAAAUCGGCGCUCAAUUAUCAACAAAUAGUUGACCACCGAUUUGACAGACAAAGAGUCGGAGUGGCCAUUGAAGUGACGGACGUCUUAGUCCUUAUUAUUUUUAUUUUUAGUUUAGUUGUUCUCAAUUCGUGUCCAAAAUUAAUCCCAAAACGAUUGCAGAGAUUGAAUCACUGAUGGAGUUGUCAGCCGUCGGCGAGCGAGUCUUCGCCGCCGAAUGUAUACUUCGUAAACGUAUUCGUAAAUCACGGGUCGAGUAUUUGGUGAAAUGGAAAGGUUGGUCUCCGAAGUACAAUACGUGGGAACCGGAGGAAAAUAUACUCGACGCCAGACUUCUUGAAUCAUUCAAACAGAAAAACAAGAAAAAAACCAAAUCUAAGACUAAUAGAGAUCGGAACAACCAUUCCGUGGCCAACAGUGGCAACAAUAAUAUUAAUAACAAUAUCUCUGAUACGAGUGCUUUGAGUCCAUCGACAAGUUCUGAGGCAAAUAAUGCCUCGAUUUCCAUCAACAUUGAUGAAUGCGAUGACAAUAUUGAUACCAAAAGUGAUGUGAUUUCUUCUGAUAAUUUAAGUGAGAAAUCAGAAUCAUUGGCAACGAAUGCUACUGAAGAGCUCAAAAAGAAAGAGACAGUUAAGAGAAAAUCAACACAAGAGUCAAACCAACCGUUAAAAUCAGCAAAAGUGAGUGAAAACAGUAAACAAGUUAUCGACAAAAGAGUCAACAACUCGUUGACGAACUGCUCUUCACAAUCGUCUGUAAAUAAUUCAUUGCAAUCGGUGUCCGUCGCAAAUACCAAACAACUUAAUAAAUCUGAUGUAACGACAAAUACAACCGCAAACCGAAAAGCGGCUGAAGUGCAGACAACGACACCAAAAAGUGUGGCUAAAGAAGCGCGCAAUCAAUCGGUAAAUACAACAAACACUCAGCUGAUGACGAAUACAAAGAAUGUUGAAAAUAAUGGUAUUAUCAGUAAAACAUCGAUUGCCACUCAAAUUAAGUCAAAAGAGAAACACAUUCAUCACCACAAACACCACUCAACAACAGCUAAACAUCAGUCAAAAGCUAAACUCAAUGAAUCGACUCUUGUUAUUACAAAUAACAACUUAAAUGUGGACAACACUAACAACGCUAAUCAUAAAACCAUUAGCAGAUCCUCUCCUCCGCCGGAAUUCUGGAAGAAACAGAACAAACUGGUGAACCAAAUACUGAUCACUGAUGUGACCGCAAAUAAAAUGACUAUAACUGUCAGGGAAUGUAAAACAUUUCAGGGAUUCUUUAAGGAAAGGGUUAACACAACUGAAAUGAAAAGCAUUGCCGUCUCAACUGAUUCAGAGAAACCUAUUGUUAUUUGCAGUAAGUAAUGGAGUAAUGUUUGCACUCAAAUCACCAUUUGGUACAUCCAUUUGGUUAUAUAAUAUAAAUAUAUAUAAUUAUAUAC